AGUUGCGAGCUUCAGUCUGUGCCCACACCAAGCAAACCUGGAAACUAGUAGAUAAGACGCUGCGAGCAAUUUACGCGCUUCUUGACACGCCGAGCAGCACUUUGUUUUUCUGUCCAGCUAUGAAAGCGAUAAGCCCAGUGAGGUCUUUCCGAAAAGGCAGCGGCAGCUUGUCAGAACACAGUCUUGGAAUCUCCCGGAGUAAAACGCCAGUGGAUGAUCCUCUAAGCCUGCUUUACAACAUGAACGAUUGCUACUCCAAGUUGAAGGAGCUGGUGCCCAGCAUCCCUCCGAACAAGAAGGUGAGCAAGAUGGAAAUCUUGCAGCACGUUAUCGAUUACAUCCUGGACUUGCAGAUCGCCCUGGAUUCCCAUUCAGCGAUUGCCAGCCUCCAUCAUCCACGGUCAGGGCAGAGCUCCUCGAGGACUCCGCUGACAACCCUCAACACAGACAUCAGCAUCUUGUCCUUACAGGCGGCUGAAUUUCCCACAGAGCUAAUGACAGAUGACACCAAGACGCUGUUACGCUGAAACAAACGCAAGGUGUUUGGUUCAUGUAUAAAACACACGCAGGAGCUGGGAGUCGACUUAUUUUUGUCCUUUUUUUCCCUUCCUGGAGCUGAUCACUUUUUUUGUUUGUUUUUCAUUUUUUUUUUUAAUCAUAAGUGACUUGACUGAGCGCUGAGAACCAGCACACCAACUCGGACUCGACAGUUAUUUAUCUAGAGACAUAUUAUAUCCUUUCUCCAAAAGGAAGGCUUGUUAUAAUAUUCCCAAGCCCGGGAGCUGAAGAAGGAAAAAUAAAAUGAGAAAAAGGAGGAAAAAAAAAAAAAAACUGAGACGCACACAGGAGGAAUCGCCCAUUUUAUAAGCCUUUGCCUUUUUCUUAAAGGUGGAGCGUGAAUCGAAGACAACCUGGCUUGUUUCUCUAUUGAAGUUUGGUCUGUUUGUCAAAUCGUUUGGCAUAUGGAGGACUGGACGUUGUAAAAUAAAAAGAAAAAAAAAACUGUAAAGUGUGUGGUUGAAAGCUUGUGAACUCUAAUAAGAGUUUUAUCUUGUAUAGUGGCAGAGAUUGUGCAUUUCUGCAGAAAUUGUAAUGCUGUACUUAAUUAUGCUGAAACUUUUUAUAAAAGUAAUAUUGUAAAUUGUACCUUUUUUUAUACAAAAUAAAUCAAAUGCUUUA